GAUUUUGAUGCUCUCUUAAGCAUCUUUCAUAUUUCUUUCAUGUUAAAAUUGCUGUUUUUUUAGUUCUGAUUUUCCUUUCUUUUUCUUCCUUAUGGAAGCUCUGUUUGCAACUUCUUUUAUGUCAAAUUUAGGUUUGUUUGAUCAAGAUAUUAGGAAAAUCCCAUAUUGGACCAAGGAAGAAAACAAAAGAUUCGAGAGUGCUUUAGCAAUAUAUGGUGAAGAUGUUCCUGAUAGAUGGAUAAAAGUUGCAGCAAUGAUUCCAGGCAAAACUGUUUCAGAUGUGAUUAAACAGUACAGAGAAUUGGAAGAAGAUGUUUUUGAUAUUGACUGUGGAAGGGUCCCCAUUCCAGGUUACCUUACCUCAUCUUUUACAUCAGAAAUGGUGAAUCAUCAUGAGUUUGAUGCUUACAGGAAGAGAUCCACUGGGGCUAAAGGGCCUGAUCAUGAGAGGAAGAAAGGGGUUCCAUGGACUGAGGAAGAACACAGGAGGUUUCUGAUGGGACUAAUGAAGUAUGGUAAAGGGGACUGGAGAAAUAUAUCAAAGAACUUUGUGAUUUCCAAGACUCCAACACAAGUUGCUAGCCAUGCUCAAAAGUACUAUCAGAGGCAGGUCUCAGGAGGGAAAGAUAAGAAGAGACCAAGCAUCCAUGAUAUAACAACACUCAAUAUCACCGCCAACACUGUUUUUUCACAGGAUCAAUCUACUCAUGCUCUUGCAUUGAAGCAAAAGCUGUCCAGCAUUCAAAAAUGGGACCAUAACGAUAAUGUUUCGGCUACGGCUUUGGAAGGGGACUGGUUUACAUCAUCUGAGCAGUACCAGACUAGUAUGUAUGGAGCUCAAAGCUCAGUGUUUUGA